ACAAGCGAGACAUCGUUUUACGGCGCAACCCUUCUCCAAGUCGACACCGACGAAUUCGAAAAGGAUCCAAACGACGUAGCAAUUCGAAAGCCGUCGCGCAAAACAUCCCCAACCGUCCCUCUGGCGCAAACCUCGCGGAGGGCGGGUGUGGGUACCAGGCGCGGUAUCUAUAACGAAAGGGAAGAAGGAAGAAGGGAUUCGCGAUAAAAGUUAAAGAAGGAAGCAGCAUACAUACGACAAGAUGGCUAGCGGGUUCCAAUUAGGGUGGUACCGGUGGCUACCGUUCCUGGGAUAUCACCAUGUGUUGAUGAUUCUCAUCAUGCUCACAAUCAUUCUACUAUCCCUCCUCCUAGCAGGCUGCUCGUCCUCAUCACCCGUCAUCCCCGAUAUCUUUUUGUUGUCGCUCUACUACGAAAACUACCAAGCCGUCCCCGACACCUCGCAGGUGCACUACGACGUCACCACCGCGAUCGCCAACAUUGUGGACGGCGCCCGUCUCCAGGCGCGCGUCGGCUACUUUGGCAUCUGCGUUAAUCCCGAUGGCGGGUCGUGGCUGUGCAGCAACAAUGCGACAACGCUAGCCGACGAGAUCUCGGUUGAUCAAGAUCCGUUGAACCUGGUCUGGUUAGCCGCUCAGUUCAAGGACAUGAUUGUCUUUCCGUAUUUGAUCAUCAUCGCAAUCAUCUUCGCCUUCGUCUGCCUCCUCCUCCUCGCCACCUUCCCCGGCUGGCACGAAGAGGAAGACUCUGAGGGUUCCGAGCGCGAAGUCAAGCCUUUCCCUUCGCGGCCCGUCAGCCAGGUCGCCCUCGUCAUCAUUUUUAUCGCUACCAUCUUCGUACUGGUCUCGGUGCUGUGGCAGCACACGGCGUCGGUAGCGGCAUCCGUCAUCGCCCAGGACUUUGGCAACGGGAGCGUCAUGGCCGGCGUGGGCAGCUCGGCCAUGGUGAUGGGCUGGUUCAGCUUCACGCUGUUGAUCAUUGUCACGAUCGGUUUGCUGGUCAUGAUAUUGAGUAUGAGAGUCUUGAGGGAGAUCAUGGCUUAAGGCCGGUAGAUUGCGGGUUGAAGGGGUCUGUUGGAGAAAAAGGGGGGGCGCGUCUUUUUUUUUAUCUCGUUCUUCUCAUCUCACUACCUAUAUGGGAGGCUGGGCAAAGGCGCUGAUAGAGAUCUUGUUUUCAUGUUUCACGUCAUGUGUUUUUUUCUCAUUUUCUUGCUUUCGCUUACUACGAUACCUACCACCACCGCGGCUCACACACUCACACAUAAACACAACUCACAACAACACAACA